CGACGUCAAUCAUCACUAUUCUCACUCUCUCUCUCGGUCGGUUCCUCUCGGUGGUGGUCUCUCUGUAUCUGUUGUUGCUGAGAAGUGACAAUGGCGGCGGCUUCUUCUUCAUUGGUACCCCAGAACAAAUGCUUCAUUGCCCUCCGCCACCUCCAGCACCGCAGUCAUGCUGCUCCGAUUAUACGUCUCCCUUGUGUUCAGAGACAGAGAUCCGCUUCCCACCUCUCCCUCUUUUCAUCUUCUUCUUCUCUCGGAUUUUCAAUGAAGACUGACUAUCGUCCUUCCCCUUUUGCUCAAGCCGCUGCUGUUCGUCAUCUCGUGGGUUCCGUUACCAGAACUCAGGGCCUUCGUUUCGCCAUUGUUGUAUCAAGGUUUAAUGAGAUUGUGACAAAGCAGCUGCUAGAGGGAGCUUUGACUACCUUCAACACUUAUUCAGUCCAAGAAGAGGAUAUCGAUGUCGUGUGGGUUCCUGGUAGUUUUGAAAUUGGUGUAGUUGCUACGAGGCUGGGGAAAUCAGGAAGAUAUCAUGCAAUCUUGUGUAUUGGAGCUGUGAUAAGAGGUGAUACAACCCACUAUGAUGCUGUUGCUAAUUCUGCAGCUUCUGGCGUUCUUUCAGCAGGUUUAAAUUCAGGAGUUCCUUGCAUAUUCGGAGUGCUGACUUGUGACAAUAUGGAGCAGGCCUUAAAUCGAGCUGGUGGUAAAUCUGGAAAUAAGGGUGCUGAGGCUGCUUUGAUAGCGAUCGAGAUGGCAUCAUUAUUCGAGCACAAUCUGAAGUAGUUUAGAUGCAGCUCUGAGGAGAGACAUGUAAUCCUUCUCGUUUUAUUUCAACCGUUUGUGUACCUCUUUUUUUGAGGAUUAUGCCAUAUUAUCCCAAAGCAUAGUCAGGUAUCUGUUGAUUGCUUGCUGUAUGUAUCAGAAAUUCAUUUUGCACUGCUUAUAAUCUGUGCUUUAUGCAUACAAUGCAAAUGCGCAAAUGCAUAGCAAACGCGCACGCACACACAGUCGACUUAUGUGCAGUGUUGUUUGUCUAUUUGAACAACUGCAUAUCACAGGCUCAAUGAACAAGUGUGCUCAAAUGGUAAACACAGUUUGAAAAAAUGAAUGAUAUUGCCGGUGGCCUUUUUAUUCC